AUUAACCAAGUUCAUUGAGCGUAUCGUAUCGGGCGAAUUCUAAAACUUUAAUUGCUGUCGUAGCUUGAGCACACGUCUGGUUUUGCCCAAUAAUAAAUAAUUUGCCGCAAUUUGUCUGUGAAAAGUGGCAGGCAGUAUUAUCAGUCGACAAAUGUAUGAAUGUUAACACGAAAAUAACAUUAUUCCAGAGCGCACUGAUAAAGGCCCGCAAGUAAAAAACUGAAAACUGAAACUACACAAUGUCCGAGAGUCAGCAGCCAGUGCUUAGUAGAACUCAGACAUCCGCCGACUACGGCAGCACGAUCCGGACGGAAUCGCCACGCCGACCCACAUUUAUUCCGAUUGAAUAUCCGCGUCGCUAUUCGAAAAUGGCCCACGGUACCCUGUCCGGCCACGAGGCCCAGAAUCGCCUCCAGAGACUGGAGUACUUCCUCAACGUUCUCAACCAGAUGUGCAUUGGAUUUAUCACCAUCUACAUUUCCUACUUAACGCUGCGAACGGGGCUCUCGGGCACGGGUCUGCAUGCCUGGCUGGUGACCAUCGGGUUCUCCUUCUUCAUGGCCGAGGGCGUCAUGAUCCACUACGGCGGCAACGUGCUGACAAAUGGAUACAAGCGCCAGACGAAGACCACCAUCCACUGGGUGCUCCUCACUUUGGGAGGCGGUUGCGGGGCAGCUGGUGCCCUUAUCAAGAUGAUUCAAAAGGGCUUUUUGCUGCAAUCGACACAUGGGAGACUGGGGAUGACCGCCUUCGUACUGUGCAUUCUGGCCAUGUCCUCCGGCCUGGCGGCACUUUUCUCCGGCCGCAUCAAGAAGCUAAUCACGCCACUGCUGAACAAGGCGUUCCACAACUUCCUGGGAUUCGCGUGCUUUGUGAUCGCACUGGUGACUCAGUACUAUGGCUACCAGACGGGCUACUUUAAGAGCCGCAGUGAGACCGAUUUCCAAAUCCUGAUGAAGUGCCUCACCCUCAUAUCGUUGGUCCUGUCGAGCUACGGACCGAUGAAGGCUCUCUACCAGAAAUGCAAAAAUAUAUCCCAACAGUUUUAGAUAGGAUGAAAAGAAUCACUCGAAUGUACGUAGAUAAAUAAAUGUAAUUUUUUCUAAAA